AUGGGAGUGCACGCGACGGGCAGCAUCCUGAGGGGAAACGCCAUGCGGUCUGUCGCAUGUCGCCCCCGUGCGAACCGGUGGGCGCGCGAGCAUGCCGCCUCGGGCCGUGGGAGCGGGCGAUCGUCCGUGAGCAGGCCUUGUCGGGGGCGCAGGCGGGGCCCCGUCGCGGCUGCAGCCCAGCCAUCCAAGGACGCUCCUCUCGUCGUAGUCGGCUCCGCGAACUGCGACCUGGUCCUGUCGCUCGACCGCGUCCCAGACGCAGGCGAGACCCUCGCUGCGCGGUCCCUCGAGACGCACCCGGGGGGCAAGGGCGCGAACCAGGCCGCGGCAGCAGCUUGCCUGGGCCAGCGCACGUGCUUCGUCGGCCAGGUCGGCGACGACUCCAGCGGCACCUACAUGCGUCACGAAUUGGCCGCUCGCGGCGUCGACCUCGCGGCCCUCCGCUCCGUUCCCGGCGUGCCGACGGGCACUGCCGUCAUCAUGCUCGACCAGACGGGCGAAAACCGGAUCAUCAUCGUCGGCGGCGCGAACACACACCUGCCCUGGGACCACCUCCCGCAGCGCGAAGGCGCUGGCUCCGCUGGCGCGCUCAUCGCGGGCGCCGGGGCGCUGCUGCUGCAGCGCGAGGUGCCGGGCACUGAGGUCAACGUGGCUGCCGCGCAGGCCGCGCGCGCUGCGGGCGUGCACGUCGUGCUGGACUGCGGCGGGCAGGAGGGGCCGCUCGAGGACGGGCUGCUCGAGGCGUGCGACACGAUUUCGCCCAACGAAACGGAGCUCGCGCGGAUGACGGGCCUUCCGACGGCAACAGACGCCGAGGUGCUCGCAGCGGCGGAGUCGAUGCUGUCCGACGGGAAGCGGCAGGUCCUGGUCAAGCUCGGGAGCAAGGGUUCGGUGCUUGUUCGAUCGGGGGAGGAGCCGAUCCGUCAGCCGGCGAUCCCGGCCCCGGAGGUGGUUGACACGACGGGGGCGGGCGACUGCUUCACCGCAGCCUUCGCGGUGGCGUUCCUCGAGGGCAAGGCGCCCGCGGAGUGCAUGCGAUUUGCGGCCGCGGCGGCGUCGCUGUGCGUGCGGAGAAUGGGGGCCAUGUCCAGCAUGCCGAGCCGUGCGGAAGUGGAGGCGCUGCUCCGGGAGGGCUGA